AUGACAACCGGUUCAGAUAAUUCUCAUUCAACAAUUGAACUUGAAUUUAGUGAAUCUGUUCUUCAAAUGUUCGCAGCAAAUAAUUUUAGUGAUAAUGAAUGUCCAACAUCAACAUCUAUCGACAAUAUACGCAAUUGUGUCAGUUCACCGUCAUCGAGCGGUGAUAUUAAUAAAACGCAAUUAAAUUUAAUUAUUCAGUCAGAAUCAAAUGAUAAACAUAAUUGUGGUGAAGGUAGUAGUAAACGACAAUCUGUAAAGCGAUCAUCAAGUAUCAUCGCACUCAGUCAACCAAAAAAACGUUUCAAUACAUCAUAUGAAUCAAAGAAUGAUAUGCCCUUUCUGCUCACAGCGUCUAUGGAUGCCGGACUUCAGCAUGAUUGUGGAGUAAUAUCAUUAAACUCAAAUGCCAUAUCAACAACAGUAGCACAAACUAAACGAUCUAUAAUACACGAGAACAUUGAUAACCAAUCAAAAUUGCACAAUAAUAAAAUAGCAACUACGAAGUAUAAUGAUGAUUUAAUCAAUUUGGAUGGAUUAGAAAAACGAAACUUCAACCUCAUACAAUGUCGUGGUAUAGUUUUAGUACGCCAACAAAACGAAAAACAACAACAAAGUUUAAAAGACCUAAAUAUUGACGAUUAUAAUUCAAAAAAUGGUAAUAAUGGAUUAGAUCAAAUCGACUGGUUAAAAGAAUUUGUUGCACAAUCAUUGAACGUUCUUCGAGAUGUCAUGAUCAAUGCGUGUAUGUCUGCUCUCACAACAUCGAAAGUCGAGCGUACAACUAAUCUGGAAAAACAGGUGUUUGGAGAUGAACGUGAUCAUUUACAAACAUCAGAAUCAGAACAAAACAUGCGUCGAGUUGUUUCCCAUGCAAAAAGACAAAAGAAUAUUUUUAAACAUAAAAAAUUGACCGAUCGUAAUUGUAGUGAAAAUAGUAAAGAUUCAUCUGCUUCUCGAGGUACAUGGCCGAGAAAAACUACAAAACUAUUGAAUAGCAAACAGAAGAAACAGAUUGCUCAAAUGGCACCAUCUAACUCGCAUUAUCGUCGAAUUGACAAUGAGAAACGUCGACAUAGUCAACAUCGACCACCGCAGAAUAAUAACGAUUAUACAUUUUUGAGAAUGUCGUACGAUGAGGAAAAUAAUCGAAAACAAUUAUCAACCGGUGGUAAUGGUAAACAUCACUCAUCAACUCUUGUUCGAUUUCGUCCAAUGAUGAUAGAUGACAACCAAAUAGAAAAUCAUUGGAAAGAUAUCAUUCGCAUCCACCAUCGUGCUCGAACAUCACCCUAUCCAACUUGUCCCGAAUUAUACCGUUUAACAAUUGGUGAUCAUUGUGUGCCAUGGUCUAAUGAAUGUCAGAAUUAUGAUCCACCAAAUUAUACUGCUCACGAGAUAAUGAUUAAUCUUGGUGCUGAUCCCGAUAUUCAAUUGAACAGCGAAAUUGAAUUACAUUUUAAUACCUUAGAUGGAGCUGUUGAUCGACGUAGUGUGUAUAAACAUUAUAAAGUUCGAAAUGGAUUGCCCUUGAAUCCGAUCGGUCGCACGGGACUGAUCGGAAGAGGUUGUUUGUUACGAUGGGGCCCGAAUAUUUAUCAUUAUGUAAUUUUAUGCAGAUGGAAACGUGAUCUAUACGGAAAUAUAUUGUUACAUCCAACAGAUGGUCGAAAGAUAUUAGAAGUGUUAUUAGAAAUACAGGAGCGAGGACGUGAAACUACCGAUUUAGUCAUAACUGGUGGUUUAAGGAUGUUAGGUCAAAAAUUUCCGCCACAGUUACAAGAUCGACUAGAACGAUUUGUUCAAUCUGCAAGAGGACGUUUUUCUGGUAUAAACGUGAAUAAUAUAAAUCGUUUGUUCGACAAACAACCGAGUGUUUGGAAAGGUGCUUAUUUUGAUGAUGCUAGAAAUACGGAUAAUGCCUGGAUAGAAUUAUUAAUUGAAUUUCUUAUGGAUGAUGAUAUACUAACAUCAUGUAUACCAAAAUUAACACUUGAACAAUUAAACAAAUUACAACAACCACGUUUCAUAUGGAAAGAAGUGAAAUCAGACAUCGAAGUUGGUCCCAAAACACAUCUGAGACUAUUGCGAAAUCUAACAGAAAAACUUGGAGCCCACUUCUAA